CUGCUAGCAUUAGCCGCGCUGCAGUGAUGUGAAGGUUAGCAGGCCUUGCAGCUCCAGACGGGGAAUCGAACUCGAGAUGUUCAGGUGUCCUCGCCUCUGUAGUCAGCUACACGUCUCGGAGCCGUCAGCCAUGACGUGACUUUUUCAGAUGCGUCAAAAAAUGCGUCGACACGUCCGUGUUGUGUCCGUGUGUGUGAUCGCGGUGUUCGUGUCGGUGCUGUACGUGUUUGAGCAACUCGCGUCCUCUCUGGAGACCGAGGCCGGAUGGCGCGAGCCGCUACCGGGCCGAGGCGCGCGUGCAGCAGGCCUCAGCCAGCCUCGCUCCGAACACAGAGCCUAUUUUUCUCGUUUUGUCAGGUGUAAGUCAAUGUCUGUCACACACUGGAAUCCCUAUUGGAGACUGCCCCGUGAUGUUUGUGGAAAGAACUGCUUUAUGGAGUCGGCUCGUAGGUAUGCUACGGAUAAAACAUCGUUCGAGGUGGACAGAGGUGAGCCGGUCAGGUUGGCAGUGGUGGCAUGUGGCCCCAGGCUGGAAGAGACUCUCACCAUGCUAAAGUCUGCAGUUCUCUUUAGUCACAGAGCUCUCCACUUUCACAUCUUUGCUGAGGAUGAGCUUCAUUCUGGCUUCAGAGAUGCUUUGGAGUCAUGGCCAGUAAGGUUCCGUUCUAAAUUUAACUACACUACCUACCCCAUCACCUUCCCCAGGGAUAAUGCCAAGGAAUGGAAGAGACUGUUUAAACCUUGUGCUUCCCAAAGGCUUUUCCUGCCUCUCAUCCUCGCUGAGGUGGAUUCUCUGCUCUACGUGGACACGGACAUCCUGUUCCUGCAGCCAGUAGAACAGAUCUGGAAUUUUCUUUCCCAGUUUAACAGCAGUCACAUGGCAGCCAUGGCACCUGAGCACGAGGAGCCGAGAAUCGGCUGGUAUAACCGAUUUGCACGGCACCCGUAUUAUGGCAAAACUGGUGUCAACUCUGGAGUCAUGCUUAUGAAUAUGACGCGCAUCAGAGCCAAACGCUUCAAGAAUGAUAUGACAACAGUUCACCUGAGAUGGACGGACUUGCUUAUGCCACUACUACAGAAAUACAAGCUCAAUAUCACAUGGGGGGACCAAGACCUCCUCAACAUCAUAUUCCACUACAAUCCAGAAAGCCUGUUUGUGUUCCCGUGCCAUUGGAACUAUCGCCCAGACCACUGCAUCUAUGGCAGCAACUGUGCUGCUGCUGAACAACAUGGAGUUUACAUUCUCCAUGGCAAUCGAGGUGUUUACCAUGACGACAAACAGCCCGCAUUCCGAGCCAUUUAUGAAGCCAUUCAGAAAUACCCAUUUGGAGAAGAUGUUGUCGAUUUUCUACUUAAGCCUCUGGAAGAAAAACUAAAGAAUACCAUGCAUACAUAUUGUGGACGAGCCAGUCACCUUUUCACUAAGAAAUUACAGGAGAGCAUCAGUAACCUACAGAAUGACAAUCGCAAUGCCAGAUGAUCUCCUCCAGCUUCGCCCAUGUGAGUUAGUUACAUCUAGAGUGUUGCUAAGGAGAAGGCUAUCCGAUCAUUUAGCACAAAAGUCCUUUUGCACAAUUGUUGUAAACAACCCUGAAGAUGAGUGUUAAGCGUUUGUAAAAUCAUUGAAGCAGUGAAAACGCAUGCACACAUGCUCACCCAGACUUUGGGAGCAUCUUGCUGCCUAUAAACUCCAUUGCUGACCACUCUGUGGUUUUUCUUUUCAUUGCAAUUUUUAUUUAUUUUUUUGUAUUUUAUGUGACAUGCUUUUUUUUUUUUUUUUAAGAAUUAGAAGCCUUUAUUUGUCACAUACACAUUACAGACCUGGAAGCCAACUGUCACUGAACUGGUGUACUGUGUUAAAUUGUUUGAAGGAAGGAUUGGUGACUAACAUGCGGGCUUCAUCAUACGUGGCGGAGUGGCGAAAUACAAUUGCUCAUAUUCGAUCGGAAAAGCAGCAACUUCCAUUAAAAAAAAUCCAUCAUCUUUAAACACGAUCCAUCCAUCCAUCUUAGCAUAUCACUACAGUGACGUGGCUGCUCUAACGGCUUCAGCCAUCAAAGUGUCUAGGGAGCAUUACAGUAGUGGUUUCCCGUUGCCUUCUACUGGAUUAUUAUAGAGGUUUUCUUCCCUCAACCAUUCACACUCACACAUACGGUCAAUUUAGAGCCACUAAUUAUCCUAACCUGCAUGUCUUUGGACUGUGGGGGGAAACCGGAGGAAACUCACGGGGAGAACAUGCAAACUCCACACGAAGGCCCUCGUCGACUGCUGGGCUUGAACCCAGAACCUUCUUGCUGUGAGGCGACAGUGCUAACCACUACACCACCGUGCCGCCCUUUUAAAGGAACAGUCCACCGUACUUCCAUAAUGAAAUAUGUUCUUUUCUGAAUU